UGCUUCGAUAAGAGUUCAUUAUUUGAAAAUUCAUAGGAUUUAGAUGUUCAUGGACGUGAAGGAUUAGAAGCUGUACUUGACAUUCAGAUUUAAUCUAUUUGUUGUGGCAUAUAGGAUUUUUAUUCACAAUCCUUAUAUCAAGGUCAUGGGUCCUACUUUAUCAUGCAAAAGCAAUAAAUAUAUAAUAAAAAUAAUUUGUUCACUUCACCCAUUCUUAUACAGGUACUGUAUAAUACUUUCUAACAAGAUUGCAUUCAUUAACAUUAAAGGGAUAGUUAACCCAAAAAUAAAAAUGUUGUUUAAACCUGUAUGAGUUACAUUAUUCUGUUGAAUACAAAAUAAGAUAUUUUGAUUAAUGAUGGUAUCCUACUAUGGAAGUCAAUUGGUACUGUUAACUUAAGCCAGUUGAGUUGGGUUCAUUUUAAUGUACAAUUUAACCAUUAAGUGUUCAGAUAAUCAUUUGAUUUUAUAUAUUGGCACACAGUAGCUGCAGAAAACAGACAUAAAAAACAACAGAUUAAGUCACACAGAUCUGAUGAGGUUCAUUCUUACCCAGAAAUAUUACCCAGAAAAAUUCCCUCUUAUUUGCUAGACCUAGACUACAAUAAAUUCCUGAGCAAGGGAUUACCCAUGUGACUUUUUUAAUGUCUUUAAAGCCAGCUGGCCAUGCGCUCUUAUAGUCUGUAAGUCCCUCUGCACUAGAUUGUGAUUUAUCAGUAUGUGAUUUCUUUCAUUUGAGCGUGCCUGAAUUGUUUCCACAGGACGAUUGCUGUGCACCUGGUCUCACAUACCGGUCAGACAGAGCAGUCGACGGCUACCAAGGGAGUCUGGAGGAUGUAAACCCACAAAACCCAUGGAUCACCAAACGGCUUUACACCAGGCAGCUGUUGUGGGAAACCGUGAUGCCAUCUCUGCUCUCAUCCAUGGAGGAUGUGCACUAGAUCUUCAAGACAAGGAAGGCAACACUGCUUUGCACGAGGUGUCGUGGCACGGCUUCAGUCCGUGUGUUAAGCUACUGGUCAAAGCUGGAGCAGAUGUCCAGGUGCCGAACAAAGCAGGUAACACAGCGCUACAUCUAGCAUGCCAGAAUGGACAUCAGCAAACUGCAAGAAUGCUGUUACUUGGUGGAGCGGUGGCCGACAGCAAAAACAAUGCAGGUGACACAUGUUUACACGUGGCUGCUCGCUACAAUCACUUGGCCAUUAUUAAGUCUCUCCUGGAUUCUUUGUGUUCAGCUGCUGAGAAAAACCAGGUUGGGGAGACGGCUCUCCAUGUCGCUGCUGGUUUAAACCACAAGAAAGCUGUUCGUUUGUUACUGGAAGCUGGAGCUGAUGCAUACACAAAAAACAAUGCAGGCCACACUGCUCUUGAUAAAGCCCGGGACAAUAACAAUAAAGAUGUGGCCAUUCUUCUAGCAAAGUCUAAUCAGGUCCAAAAGAUUGCACGUAGAAAAACAAUGAAGAAAAGAAGAGCUGUAUUACAAACACAGAGCAGAACUCAAUCCAUCCCCAGAGAUCAGAUCACACUACAGACUUCAGAUAAGAGCUUUCCUGAAGUGGAUGAAGCACACGGAGGUGAUUGUGUACAACCAGAACAGAACAAACCAACUUUGAGCCUUUGUACAAGGAGAAAGAUCAAGAAAUCAAGACAGAAGAAUGAUUGUUACCUUCAUGAGAUAGACUCUCCAAAUCAGCGAAGAAAGCACAGCAGUCCGACCUUUCCUGAGGAAGAACUGGUACAUGGAAAAGCUUUCCAGCUUUACACUCUAUUCAGGGAUAAAGAUGGGCGAAUAAAGCAGGCUCCUGUAAAAGAUUGUUACUGUAAGCCCCUUAUCAGAAAGCUGGAGAAUAAACUGAAAGCCAAGGAGAUGGAGAUGAGAUCACAAAUUCACACCGUUGAACAGGAGAUGAACUGCAGACUGGAGAAAAUAGAGCAUAAACACAAACAUCAGAUUAAAGUGCUUGAGAAACUCACACAGGAGCAUGUGUCUGCCGAGAGGACAGAGUGCCAUUAUCGGAUCAAUCAGAGGGCCACUUUGAAAUGCAUGGAAGGGGAGAAAAGACAGCAGGUUGAAACAAGUUACUACAAACUCCUGCGGUCUCCAUCGGCGGAUCAUUCUCUGGUGGACACAGAUCCAGAAGGUCUUCCUUUGCUUUCAUUCAUCUCAGAGCAGAGCUCCAGCUCACUGGCCACCUAUGUCAAUGUAUUACCCAGCCCUGGCACGGGGGACACCCUGGGGAGACAAUACCUUAAUAUGAAGAUGAAUGGCUCAUCAGAAAAUCAUCAUAAUCUGAAAGACCCAUCUAUUUUCAAACACAAACCACUCUUAAGGAGUUUGGCCACUGCUGACCCCCCGUGGCAGAGAGAAGAAACACAGGAGGCAGAUGCAUCAACAUCCAGGCCAUACAAGGGGAUUGAACCCGGUGACAGCAGUGCCAGAAGCAGCAUGUCUACGUCCACCAAACAAUUGAACGACAGCGAUACAGACACAAAGCCCAGCCCGGCCUGGAGACAUGGCAAACAUUUAAAGGACAGAAUUAAAGCGCACCGCACUCACACCAAGCAGGGCGGCGCCAUGUCAACGUUGGAGGUUUUUACCCAAGGGCCUGUAGAGGCCACCUUCAUCCAGGAGCGGGCAAACCUGCAUGCCAUGGAAGUGACGCAGCAUUUCUUUGAAACGGUUUCCACGCAACUGGAACGCUGGUAUGAGAGGAAAAUUCAGGAAGCUCAAAGGGAGGUGGAACAAAAAGCUCAGCAAGAAAGAGUCAGUCUGCUUCAAAAGAUCAAGAUGCUUGAAGAAGAGCUGCAGAGACUUCACACUAAUACACAGACAUGAAAUGCUGACACAUAGUGAUCACUAUCAAAGUCACACCACACCCAGCAGCCAUAUAUGCAAAUUUCCUGGGAUAUACUUUAUUUCAUGCAUACAAGACCAUGUCUUAUCUAAUUCAAUAGGAAAGACCAAUAUCUUUCAUUUGAUUGCUCUGUCACAAUAAAACAACACUUUUCUGACCUGACAUGAACUGUACCAUACAUUGGUUCUAAAAUCACUUAAAAAAACACUAAACUGUAAAAAUGAUAUCAAAUCAACAUAUAUUUUUAUGUUACUUUACAAAUGAAGUUAAACAAUUUCAACUUGUUUUUCUUAGUUAUAUCAACUUAUCACCAGUCAAAUCUUACUCGAGUUAUUCAUAAUAAACUUUCUGCAUAUCUGAGAGUUUAAGUUGGACCUUUUGAGUCUCAUCCUGAAUAAUAUUUUCAUUACAAUAUAAGAGUUACAUAUAAUGCUUUGAAAAUGUGACAUUAUAACAACAUAAUUUUAAACAUUAAUUCAUUAUUAACAUUAAAAACAUAAAUUUUAAAGUAAAAUAUUCUCCAAAAUUUAACAAAAGCAUAAAAUAUUGAUUGGUUUUCUUGCUCUAAGUUCACUUUUCACAGUACAUGUUUGUAACUCUCAGAUGUUACACGCAAGACCAUAUGAAAUGAAAUAUUGCAAAUUAAUGACUGAAUCAGUCUAUGUACUGUACAUUAUUGAUGAGCAGAUGAAUAGACAAUGUUUUACUUUAUUCUAAAAAACUAUAUUUAAUUAGAUACAGUAUGUUGUUGUAUUUGUUGUGAAACAAAGUUAUUGUUCAAUUAAAG